AGAGUAAUAGCAAACCCCCCCCCCCACUAAGUUGGAGGUGGGAAUGAUGACUUAUGUUUGGAAGCAAAAGUGCUUAAAAUAAAUUAUCUCCCCCCCCCCACCCCCAAUUAAAGAUAAUGGAUAAUCCCUCCACCACCAGUCCGGCUAAUAGAUCUUGGAUUCCCUUCUGUGCAGCUGGUUUCCAUGCCCAGCGCAAUGCUGGCGUGGGUGACUGGCGCUCGCUCACGCCCCGGCAGUGUCCUGUUCUGGCAGACACUUGAGGGCAGCUGGGCAUUGGCCGGUGGGGGUGAGAUUACCCCCCCCCCCACCUCCCCGGUGGGGGCAUAGAGAUUCUCUGAUCUUCUUUCACCCCAGGACACGAUGCCUUAUUUGGCACUGGGUGGGUGGCUAGAAGGGGAACAGCUCAGUGACUGGCAGGGUUUAAACCCCCCCCCCCCGCCUGCCUGCCUGCCUGCCUGCCUCUCACCCCCUCCCCUCUCUCCUCCUCCCUCUUCCCCCCCUACCCCUCCCUCUAACCUCCAAAAGGGGAAUUUUCCAGCUGGUAAUUUCUGCUGCGUCAACACCCAGCUCAAGGGAGUGGAGAAGAGACAAGGGGGGCAUUUUAACAGCAGCUCCACUGUGCAAAAUAACAACCCCUUCUAUUCUGUUUUGGGAACUUAAGGAGGAAAAAAAAAAAGAAAACCUCACUUUAAAAAAUAAGCAUCAGCACAAAGUUGGACCAAGACUUUUUGGGAAGAGAGCGUGGCUCAAAACUGUUUGGAAGAAAAGGGAUGAGACCGUGUGGUGGCGGUGGCACAAAUACCCAUAAAUGAAUAAUAGAAAAGAAGACAUGGAGAUUGCCUCCCACUAUCGCCAUCUUCUUCAAGAGCUUAACGAACAACGGCAGCACGGCGUCCUCUGUGACGUCUGCAUUAUAGUGGAGGGAAAGAUUUUCAAGGCGCACAAAAACAUCCUCCUCGGCAGCAGCCGCUACUUCAAGACGCUGUAUUGCCAGGUGCAGAAGACGUCCGACCAAGCCACGGUCACUCACCUAGAUAUCGUAACGGCGCAGGGCUUCAAAGCGAUCAUCGAUUUCAUGUACUCGGCGCACCUCGCGUUGACCAGCAGGAACGUCAUUGAGGUGAUGUCGGCUGCUAGCUAUCUCCAGAUGACUGACAUUGUGCAAGCUUGCCACAACUUCAUAAAGGCUGCUCUCGAUAUAAGCAUAAAGUCCGACGCGGCGGACGAUCUUAUUGACUAUGAACUCGGGGCUGCGUCCAGCAGUAGCACGGAUGCUUUGAUUUCAGCAGUGGUAGCUGGCAGGAGUAUAUCUCCCUGGCUGGCCCGGCGGACAAGUCCCGCCAACUCCUCGGGCGAUUCGGCCAUCGCUAGCUGUCACGAAGGGGGAAGCGCGUACGGGAAAGAGGAUCAAGAACCAAAAACGGACAAUCACGAUGACAUUUCGUCCCAGUCUCUUUGGCCCAGCGACCUCAGCUAUAGCUACUUGCGUAUCAAAGAAGAGCAGGUCUCUCCAACUCAUUACGGAGGGCACGAGUCUGCCAAAGACAGCGCAAUGCAGAAUUCUUUCUCGGAACAAGGUGGAGCAGAUGGAUGGCAGCCUACGGGGCGCAGGAAGAAUAGGAAAAAUAAGGAUACUGUGCGGCAUAUUGCACCACAACUAGGGGCCGACGACAGAACAAGUCCUCCCGUGCCGUCUUUCCUUUCUGCCUCAGGGUGGUCGUUCAAUAGUCAGGAAGCAAGUGUGGAUCUGACGGGGACGGAGCCCAGCAGCUCUGACGGCAGAAUAGAGAGAGUGGACCUUUACGGCAGUGUCGACGAAGCACUCCUGGGAGGUGAAGCCAGCUAUCUCUCUCAGCCUCUCACCCCAGAGAAAGAGGACGCACUUCAGGCCGUGGCGGUUGCUAACCUGCGGGCAGCCUUGAUGAGCAAGAACAGCUUGUUGUCUUUGAAAGCUGACAUGCUGGGAGAGGAGAGCUCUCUGCUCUUUGAGUACUUACCCAAAGGCACACACUCGCUAUCUUGGCCUGGCGCCAGCUGGAGUCGUCCGAGGGGCGUAGGUGAUGGCAAAAUGGAAGCCCCCCCUCCGCUGUUGCCUUCUUCACACCUGGCCUCUCACAGCCCCUCCGCUCUCCUCACCUCUUCUGGCGAUGCGUCGCCAGAAACCGUACAAAGAGCGUCUUCAGCUCAGGUCGCGUAUGAUGGGUUUUUAGCCCUGUGGCAGUUAGACAGCUCUGACACAGAUAUGAACACUUCACAGUCUGAAGACACGGACUCAGGCCGCAAGGGUUUGGCCUCAGAUUCUCCUGUCCCCAGCAGGCUCGCCUGCGCCUUCUGCAGAAAAAUAUUAGACUGCGCGGAGAAGCUACAGGAACACAUUCACGAGCAUAUUUUUCCCAUGAUUGUCCCUUUGGAUGCGAUUGACUAUUCCAAGCCUGUUUUGGCUGGCCUGGCUGAGCAUAUAAUUCCCGGCCCGUUUCCCCGGUUCCAGUGUCCAAAAUGCCCGGCGAGCUUCACACUCAAAUCCAACAUGGAUCGGCACGAAAAGACCAUCCACUUCAACCGGAAGAAGAUCCAGUGCCCGCACUGCCGCAAGCUCUUCCGAGACAAGACGGACUUAAACCGGCACCUGAUGUCCGUGCACUCCCGAGAGCGUUCGUUCGGGUGCCUUUUCUGCGGGAAGGGUUUCGGCACUCAGAAGAAUCUCGCCGCCCACGUGAAAGCUUGUUACCUGGGUUCAACGCAGCCGGGAGCGGAAGAGCUUCUCAACGAUCUGGAUCAAAAUCAGGACUCUGACGAAGAUUAGGAGAAUCGGUCACCUCUUGGAUGGUGGGAUCAAAUUCUUAGGCGAUUGUUUCUUCGCACCUCGACCACUGUGUUCUACUUUUGACACUUGUUCUCAGGGUGGUGUGAAUGAAUUGCUAGGCGGUGAAAAAGAGACCUAGGUUUUUAUCCUGCGGAGUCUGCCCGUCACCUGACGGUCCCUUGCAUUCUCCAAAACACUGAGGUUGUAGAACAGUGAUGGCGAACCUUUUCGAGACCGAGUGCCCAAAUUGCAACCCCAAACCCACUUAUUUAUCUCAAAGUGCCAACACGGCAAUU